CGCUGGCGACGCCAAAAUUCUGGCCCUGGAACGCUGCCGGCGCCAGAGUUCGGACCUUGGAACGUUGAGCGAGAGCCUUGGAACGUUGCGGGGCUGAGCGUUCCCUCGGCCUUGGAAGGCGUUCCAUCUUAGAGCCUUGGCGGAUGGUGGAAGGCUGGAAGAAGGGCUCCCGAGAUGAGCGACAGCGGAGGGCCUGGAAGCGCUGGGGCCAGCCCCCUGCGGACCUUCCCGGCUUUGCCCGUCUGGGUGGCGGAGGAUCAUCACGACGUUCUUCCUUUCAUUUACCGAGCCAUUGGUUCAAAACAUCUUCCUGCCAGCAACAUCAGUUUUGUCCAUUUGGAUUCUCACCCGGACCUUCUCAUCCCAGUGAAUAUGCCUGCAGACACUGUGUUUGACAAAGAAGCUCUGUUUAGUGAACUAAGUAUUGAAAACUGGAUUAUGCCUGCUGUAUAUGCUGGCCAUUUUUCACAAGUUAUAUGGUUACAUCCAGUCUGGGCUCAACAAAUUGAAGAAGGGACCCAUCACUUUUUAGUAGGUAAAGACACUUCCACCACUACAAUAAGGGUCACAAGCACAGAUAAUUAUUUCCUUUCUGACGGUCUCUAUGUUCCUGCUGAUCAGCUAGAAAAUGAGAAGUCUUUGCAUCUGAGUGUCCGCCUUGUGAAUCCUUCCAGACCAUCUAGCAACUGGGAGGAAAGUCAUCCUCUGCCUUCUGCAAAGAAGCUGAAGUUGAGUGAGGCCAGUGCAGCAAAUGCCACUAUUGCCUCAUCAUCAAAAGAUGAUGGAUUCUUCCUUGCCCCCAACCCUACAGAUCUGGAGACGGAAGGUUUGGAAAAAAUAGGGAUUGUCCAUGAGAAGGCUGCUGGUAUUCAAGAUCCCUCUACAUCUUGUUCCUUUGGGAAUCACACCUGCCAGACGACAGAGCUGGUCAAAGACAUUCUCCAAGUAUUGCACAAGGGCAGUGCUUUUGUUUUAGAUAUUGACUUGGAUUUCUUUUCAGUGAAGAACCCUUUUAAAGAAAUAUACACUCAGGAAGAAUAUAAGAUUUUGCAAGAAUUGUACAGUUUUAAGAAGCCCAACAGCAGUUCCUCAGAGGAAGACUUGCUUGACUGUGUUGAGAAUCGCAUCCACCAGCUGGAGGAUCUAGAGGCAGCCUUUGCUGAUUUGUGUGAUGACGACACUGAAGAGAACUUGCAAAGAUGGGCUUCACAUCCCGGGAUGAAAAAUCUACUUCCUCUUGUGUGCAGCUUGAAAAAUCGAAUGGAACCCCCUGAUUAUGAGAUGGUCCAUCAGGCUGGACUUACAUGUGACUACUCAGAAAUUCCUCAUCAUGUUAGCACUGAGAAAGAGAUAGAGGGUCUUAUACAGUCUGUAAAACAUCUCUUGAGGAACUUGCCAAAGCCAACUCUUGUGACAAUAGCCCGAUCCAGCUUGGAUGAUUACUGUCCUGCAGAACAAGUUGAACUCAUACAAGAAAAAGUUGUAAAUGUGCUGCGAUCGAUAUAUGGCACCCUGGAUGUUCAUUUAGAAUACCUUGAAAAUUCAUAUCCUCCUGGAACAGAUUCUUCUGCCACAGCAUAAUCAAUGGGGCUGUAGUUAUGGAUGACAAAAUUUGAUAUAACAAAAGUAGCUUUGCUAUCUACAGAUAGGCAUCCUAUAAGAGCAAAAGGUCCUCUCUAAAGUUGAACCAUUUGUCAUAUUGCUGAGUGAUGCUCAUCAGCCAAAAUUCUUUUAAAAAUUGCUUCUAUUGUUCCUUUUGUUACUCCUUUGUUAGGUGGCUUAUAAAAGGAAAUAGGGAGAUCUGAGAAAUAGUUCUUCUUGUAUUCCUGGUGUCUUACAACAAACGAAGCCAGCCAGACUUUGGAAAAAUACCUGAUUUUAUUCUGUGACUAUUGAAUUGUUUCCUUGGUUAUUUCUAGUUGGAAAGUUUUGUUUGGACAUUUGUAUUGUACUUUAAAACAAUGCUUUGGGUGUUUCUCUCCCCCCCCCCCAUUAAUUGGAUUGUUUCAUUUAUUGUUUUCCUUACAUUUCUCUCCCACUCUUUUCCAAAGAUGGCCAAGGUAGCCUUCAUAGAAUUAGUACUUUGCUGUUUUCCAAAAACUAUCCUGUAAUUUCGGCUAGACAAGAGAAUAAUGAUUUGUCUGAUAUCAUUGAGUUAGGUGGGAAUUGUUUCACAUUUAUUCAGUGUAAAUGUAACCUUCCACCUGCUGUAUUGAAUUGGCUUACAUCUUGAAUGUAAAGACUGGGGAAAAAAACUGGGAAGGAAGGAUUGAGUUUUAUUAGAAUCCAAACAUUUCUCGCUGAGAAGCAAUUCAACAUCUUUUUGCAUAAAAAUAUUUUAGGGCUGAAUUUUUAAGCAAAAAAACACCCUGCUGGUUUUAUUUAUGGCUUAGAGGUAUCGUCUUUCCAGAAGUGAAAUAAAAAAGAGCAGGUAAAACAUUCUUUGAGAGUCAGCAUGGUUGAUGGCUUGAGCAUCGGAGGAAAUCCGAUCCCGUGCUCGACUCUGGAAACCCACUGGGUGACCUGGAGGGGGAGUCACACACUCUCAGCCCCAGAAAACCUUGUGAUAGGUUUGCCUUAGGGUCACCACAUACUUGAAAACAUACAAUAACAAAACACUCUUUACAAAGAUGGUGUGCAACUUCUGUAUCUUUGAGGAUGUGACAGAAAAACUUACAUGAGCCAAGCUGUCUUAAUAAAAUUUCAGCAGGUAUAGUUUAGAGAGAAGUGGCACCCUUACAGUAAAUUAUACAAAGCAAAACCAUAGCUGAUGAAUAAAUCGGAAGCAAUUAAUUAGAACAAUAUAUAGUAUAUCAUAUGAAACAUAUAUGGAAACACAGUAGCCCAAUGUGACAACUUUGGCACCAACCACAUAAAAUUGCACUCUCAAUAAAACAGUACUAUACAAUUAAUAAGUAAUGGUCAACAAUCAGAAAAAUGCAGACCUAAAUAGAAAUGUAUGUAUUCAUAGUGGAUUGUAAACAUACAAGAAAACAACUGUAUAUGCAUAACAAACUGGAGAAGCAGUUAAUGGACUUGGAUCUAUAUGAAUACAGUCUGAAUGGAAGCAAAAAUUCCAAAGGAUGUUCAUCUAGAAAAAUUUCAGAAAAUACUUGACUACUCCUAGGAGUUUGUGAAAGCAUUUUAUUGAUCUUCAGUGGAAUAGUUAACCAUAAUAAAUGGUUCUCAAUAGCUAUAAAUACCUAGAUAAUUAAAUAAUGAUUAUGUUGAUGGUAAUACGGAUCAUGCCUGAAUAAUACUGAAGUGUUUUCUUCAUAUUGGUCUUUUAUAUGAGUAACUGUUUGAGAAAGCCAAUGUGGUGUAGAGCUGGAGACAAGGGUUCAAAUCCCACUCAGCCAUAGAAAUCCACUGUUUGACCUUGAAGAAAUCACUCUCUCAGCCUCAGAGGAAGGCAAAAGCAAAUCCCUCUGGACAAAUCUUGCUGAGAAAAUGCUGUGAUGGUUUUGCCUUAGAGUUGCCAUAAACUGGAAACAUCUUGAAGUCACACACCAAUUCUGUGUUUGAGAUUGUAAUGUAUUUGAGAUCCUUCCCCUGAUUGCUUGGCAUUACCCUCACAAUAAAACUAUUUCUGAUUGUGUUAA